ACAUUUUAGUCUUGCCUUUCCUUCUAGGUAUUGAAGCGUUCCAAGCGUCAUCAAAAUGAGUACCACCAAGAUCUCUCAGGAGCUGAGCCGGAAGCAUCCGCUCCAACGACUCGAGUCUCCUUCUACGGGCAUAUCUGCAUUGAUUCAUGUCGUUGGACUUGCCAGUUUCUCUUAUUCGUACAAAUAUCUUUUCGACUUUCCAAAUUUUAUCUCCGAAUCCUACGGCUGGCACUUCCAAUUCCUCACCAUCAUCGGCCUCACCGUCGCCACCACCUCCUUCAUCUUCGGCCUCCUCGCCGACCUCACCUCCUCCCGCCGCCUCUUCUCCGUCAAAAACACCCUCGCCGCCACCGCCGCCCCCCUGGAAGUGCUAAUCAGCAUCCUCUACUGGACGCUGCGCUUCACCGACCCCUCCCUCGUAAUGCCCGACUGGGCUCCCCCCCUGACCCUCCCCGCCGACAUCAGUUUCCACGCCCUCCCCUCCCUCCUCCUGGUCCUCGACCUCCUCCUCCUCUCGCCACCCCGCACGGUCGGGCUCUCCACUCUCCUCACCAGCACGUUCCUCGCCUUCGCGUACUGGUUCUGGGUCGAGCUGUGCUACUCGCACAACGGGUUCUACCCGUACCCGCUGUUCGACGCGCUGAGCACGCCGCAGCGGGUGGGGCUGUUUGCGUUCAGCGGGGCGCUGAUGGCGGCGAGUGCGGUGGGGUUGGGGGCGGUUUAUGGGUGGGUGAAUGGGGUGGAGGGAGGGAAGAGGGCCACGUGA